AUGACUGAACCUAUUCGUGCACUCUACGAAUUGAUUUCUGGCAAUUGUCUUCGGAGUGAAGGGAAACCGAAUGCGGCCAUCGAGGAUCGAACGUCGACCUUUAGCAUUUCUGAACGAUUUGGCCUUGAUUGGAUUCGAGCAUUUGGCCUUCGCUUAUGGUAUGGUAUCGGUGAAACCGACCCCAUUGAAGCUGCCGUGAGUCUCUUUUACCAUGAUAUAUGUCACGGAAAUGAGCCAGCAUAUCCAACUUCAACGCUUGACGAUGAACAGAGUUCUAAUUCAGCUGAAUCUCCUCUAUGGGUCAUCUUGAAGAUUUUCGCUGUUGCCAAGCAUAACGGAAAUCAUGCCGAAAUUAAGCCCGUUCCCGUUCCGCAAGAUAUCAUGCCUGAAGCCGUCACCGGUAAUGGUCUACGCAACCGAUUCUCGUUCCAGUUAUUUCAUCAUAUCUGCAAGGUAGCUGGCCCCUACAACGCUCUUACAAUUGAUGAGCAUCGUGCGAAUCAGCUUACUUUCAACUAUGCUUGGGAGGUUGCAGCUGCGAGAGACUAUGGGCCGGCACUGUUCGUUCUCCUUUAUCUUACGCGCGCUGUAGAUCGCGAACGCAGCAUCAAAGAGAUGUUAUCCCAAUUCGGCGCAUGGCUUCCUAAACCACUACUAGAAGACGGAGCACCAAGUAUUAUGUGGAAAUUCCUUACUGAGGAACUUCGGAUUCCAAGCCCUUGGAUUUGGGCUGCAAAGGCACUGUUUGCACGCUACGACGGUAAUCCGUCUGCUGAAGUUGAAUGCCUUAUUAACGCAGAACACUGGAAUGAGGCACAUGAGACGUUCUGCAGGGUAGUUGCCCCAAAAACUGUUAUUCGGCGUGAUUUCAGCACUCUCAAAUCGCUAAUUGAUGCGUUUGGCGAGAAACCGGAGAGCAAAAUUCGAGAUUGGGCGCAUGAAGGUGGAAUGUAUCAAGAUUUUCUCGCUUUGGUGGAUGUUCCGGGUAUUCGAAAGGAUCAAGCAUUAGUCAAAAGACUCGUGGCUACGCUUAUAAACGUGGGUGAGAAGAUUGAGAAGAGCGCGACGGCAAGUUUUGAGGAGAAGGUUGCGUUGAAGGAGAUUGGCCGAUUGGUUGCUGGAUGGUGCACUGCUGAUAUUGGAAGUACUAUCCAACCUGCGGAUAUACUCCGUCUUCCAAUGACCAGAGAUGCCCGGCGCGAUUAUGCGGCAGAGGUUAGCAAGCGGUACUAUCGUGCUAUUAUGGCAAGCGGUGCCUGA